GUUGUUCAGUUGUUCUGCUGUAGAAGGAAUAGUUUGGUUAUUGCACGGUGUUGGAUAUUCUAUAUAUUCCAAGUUGAAACUGUAAAAUAAUGAUUAUACAUUUUAAUACUAUCAUGAUUUUGCAAAUAUCCAUUACAACUGUCUCUUCUUGAUGGAUGAUGACUUGGGACAAUACGGUACUUUUUCAUUGCUGGAAAUAAAAUUUCAUUUUUUGAGGACUCAUUCUCUACCGAUAAUUUUAUUAGAGGUGUUUUAUCAUAAACUUUUAACAUACCUCUACGAUAAACAAUCAUUACUGUUGUUGGCCCUUGAAAUUCAAGCUGGUGUCAAACAAGAUUCUUAACUACACCAUAUUAUUUGAGGAAUUCUGGUUAGGAAUCCAAAUUCAAGUGAAUGUAUAAUAUUUAUUGUGCCAGCGAGGGAAGCAGUUUCUAUAACUCGUCAUUGCUGUUCGUUCCUUCUUGAAGAAACUACUUUAAAUCUAGGUUGCAGUGCGAGAAGCCUUCUGUGCCAGAAGAAACUUUAGAGCAAAAAAUGAAGGACUUAUCACUGCAGUCAUCCAUCGUUCCUUCAGGAGCAAUCUACAAAGAAGUUGUCGUUAUAGGAAAUGGACCAUCAGGUAUUGCGUUAUCUUAUCAGCUGGCAGGAAAUCUGCCAUUCUACAACGGCAAUGCACACGUUGAUGAAAUGUUGACAGCGCGCUUACGUAGCGCUCCUAAAGGUAUUUCCAUAAUUCAGCAAGAUCUACCUUUUCUGUCUCAGGGCCUGGAAGGACGAUCGAGCAACCCAGUAUCACUGCUGGUAGAUGCUUUACUCCACCCUUGGGCUGACCAGGGCUUGAACCUACCACCAUUGGUGGACUGGCAAUAUGUGCCCGAAUACACCAUUGACCAUGUGGUGCUUGGCAAGAGUAUGCCUGGGGGAGCCUGGCAGACAAUGGACCCCAACAUCGUCACCAUCUCGCUGGAUAACUGGAUGGAACUUCCUGGCAUGCCCUGGUCCAAAUGGGAAGCCGAAUUCAACAGGAACAAGCAACGCAAUCCGCAGCGGACGACUGUGUCGCAGGUUGCAGCUUACUACAGCGACUAUGUCGCUGCCAUGAAUAUCAGUGACUACUUCCGGUCGGAGACGGUCGUCACCUCUGUGCGCCCAAUCAACAAUACUGACGAAGGAGCGCUUUGGAAGGUAGAAGGGUACGAUUUGACCACCCUGGAUCCCUUCACCUACACGUGUCGAAGAGUGGUGCUUGCGACUGGGGCCUCUGAUAUGCCAAACCAGCUUGCUGUGCCAGGCGAGAACUCCAAUCCUGACUGGGUGUUCCAUGAUCUUGUUGCUUUCCAACACGCUGUUGAGCAAUUGUCCAACCAAGUUGUUGAAACUCAGAAUGGAGUGAAAUGUAUCGAGCCUGUGGCGAUAGUGGGAGCAGGCUUGAGUGCAGCUGAUGCUGUUCUGUUGGCUAGUUCGUGGUCACUACCGAUCAUUCAUGUGUUCAGAGGUGCGGGAAUCACACCAGAUAGAAUGCUACCUGAAGCCAUGUAUCCUGAAUAUCAUAAGGUUUGCCAAAUGAUGAAGAAAAGUUCGUCUAGCGUGCCUGGCUACACACCAUACCCUGAGCACAAGGUGCUGGAUUUGAUUGAUUCAACGUCAGGUCGUGAGAUCUACUUGAGCUCCCCUCAGGGCCAAAUCACCACACACAAUGUCACACUUGUUGCUGUGCUCAUUGGCUCCCGGCCCGACCUUUCAUAUCUGCCCACAGAAUACCAAGAUGGCAUGAAGUUGGGGUUGAACGUCAACCGUCCAGUGGAUUGUCGCUCGAAUCCAAUUCUGGUGAAUCCAUGGAAUCGAUCCGUGGUGAAUGCGGAGGAAGGCUUGUACGCAGUGGGACCCCUGUCCGGGGACAACUUUGUGCGAUUCAUCGUGGGAGGGACCUUCGCAGUCGUACAUGGCAUUCACCGUAAGCGAAAGCUUGAAAGAUGUGCGUGAUGCAAAACGAUCAUCCUAUUUUGACAUUCCUUGUUCGCAACGAUUCCUAAUCCACGCAGUCCAGUGGAAUGCUUUUUGUUCAAGCUACAAAGCAAUGCCAAAGAUAAUCGAAUGCACAGCAUUCUUGUGUACUUAUUGUCAGGGAAUAUGCCUUGGUAUUAUGUAACAUCAAAUUUUUUCUAGAUACGGUACUAUUUCAGUUGAAAUGGUGAAUGGAGCAGGCCUUAAAACUGUCAGACAUUUCUCUGCACUGUGAGACUUGUAGACUUAAACUAACAGAUAAUAUUUUAUUUACGAAAAUCAUAUUUUAUUCAAUUUGUCAUAAAUAACUGUACUUUUUUGUAAUGGCCAACCGAAGAUAUAGAUUUUAGGAUUAGAUUUUAUAUUGCUUUGAAAUUGACAACAUUUUCUUAUUGUCAGUGACAAAAAUCUGUUAUAGUCUAGAAACAAUCAAGCUCUUGGAAUAACACCAACUAUAUCUUUCAAGUUGCAGGGACUUAAAUUUAUUAUAGUCAAGAACCAAUUAAUUGCUUGGAAUAACACCAAUCAGUCAUCAUGAGAAAUCAGGUUAUCCUUAUCUACAUUGAUCAAUUUGAAGUUGUUAGCAAUUAAUUGUUAAAAUUUCAAUUGUAAACUGUAGGCCUACUUCAUAGAAAUGUACAUCAGGAUUUGCAAUGUUUCAUAGUAGCACGCAUUAUUAACAAGCGGAAUAAGGUUGUAUGUGUUGAGAUAAAGAGCGACAAACCUAUAAUUUGAUGUUAAUCCGAUAUCGAACCGAGCCUAAUGUAAUAUACAUUAUUGACAACAUAGACCUACAUCCAAUUAAAGCUGGAUUGCCACAUAUCAGUAUCAGUGUACGUGUCCGGUACAGUGGAAAUAUUAUCACCAUGAGUUCUAAUGGGACUCGCUCGGCCGGGCUGAGUGGGAACAGACCAAUUAGAACUUGUGUAAAUUAUAUUUUUACUGCAUCAGACACGCACACAUUGAUAUUGAUAUUGAUAUGUGGCAAUCCAGCGUUUAAGGGUUGAUUCAAUAGUCAUAUGUUCAAAAUUGUUGAGUCGUAAAUUUGAAACUAUCAAUAGCUUUACUGACAAUUCUGGUUCGCAAAGUUAUAAGCCAACGCUUUUGAAUCUCCUAAUAAAUAUUCAUUUCUUAUUAAUUUAUCUAUGAAUUCAUUUUACAAGUUAACGAAGAGUACUGGCAAAGCUCAAAACAGUCUUUAUCGAUAUCAAUAAUUUAAAUCCAACUUAUAGCGAUAAAUAAUUGAAGUUGGAGUUAAUUAACUAAAUAAUAGAGUUGAAUAAAGUUAAAUAUUAAUCAUGUGUUGUAGAAAAUUAAUGUGUAAUUACUAUGACAAAACGCAAAGUUUUGUUAAAAUGGGAUGUGGGAUCAUCAGCCAAACAUCUAAAUUUAUAUAAUUAGAAGUAUUUGGCAAAUAUUCCUUGUGCCUAUAGAUCAAUAAAAAUAUUGUCAAAGUGGUAUAGCCCUACUAUCAUGUUUAAAUGAAAUUUUUGUAGAUAGUGAUAAUCCUUAUCCGAAUUUCCAAGUUAGUUGGCCAAAUUUUUUGGGCUCAUAGAAACUAUAAUUUGAUCUUUAUUACAUGUGACUUUGGUGAAUUAAGUUUUCAAGUAGCGAGAAUUCGCAGAAUAAAACUGCCCAUUAAUGUUAGUUUUAGUCGAUUUGUGCAAUAAUAUAUUUAUGAUGAAUCUGAUUUUUCAAAGUAAAUAAAUUUUCACAAAAAUAAAUGUAUUCAAUUUAUAUGAAAAAACUGUUGUCUUAUGUGAUUUCAAAAGCUUUGCGUGACACAGGUACAUUCAAAUAGGCAAAACUAAAUUUCGUAUCAAAUUAUUGCAAUAUUGUAGUAUCAAAAAAUAUUCUUGCAGAAAUUUUUAAACCUCUGUUACAAUCAACAGAGAAUUCUGCGAACCAAAAUUGUUGUUUGGUGGUAUUCAGUUUUGGCUUUCAAAAGCAAUGAUGCUUCAUUAAUUUUCUGGCAUUACACUUACAGAUAUUAUUAUUUGAUUUAAUUUGAAUAUUAUCCGAUUAUAUCAGCAGUCAAUCAUUAAUUUUCUGGUAUUACACUUACAGAUAUUAUUAUUAUUAUUAUUCGAUUCAAUUUGAAUAUUAUUCGAUUAUAUCAGCAGUCAAUUAUAACGAUCUGUAUGUAGUUACAAAUUAAGUUAAUGUGAUCGAAUGGUUCAAAUGAAAGUACAAGUUUAUAAUUCUAUAUAAGAUGAUGAUUAUUAUUAUGAUUGAAAUGUACUAACUCUACUAACGUCAGUGAAACUACAACUAUCAUCAUAAAACUACUUAGCCUAUUCACUCAAUUAUUUAUAAGUAGGGUAGGAGAGCCUUUUUUCAAACAAGAGGUUUCUUAGCUUAAAUAAUAAAAGUUAUGCCUUUAUUAAAGCUUUAUUUGAAUACUAAAUAUUAUUAUAAUAAAUUAAUAUGAACAUUGUUUCUAGAUAGAAAGCUUAGCAGAUAAGCAUGCAAUGUGUUGGCUUUAAUAAAUGACAAAUUAGUGAAAAGUAUGAGUAUAAUGUUUGGAUCGCAGUAAUUACUUUUAAAUUGUCAAAAGACAAUUUUCAAUUUCAAAAGACAAUUUGCAAUUGUCAAAAAACAAUUUUCAAUUGUCAAAAAAUUUCUUGUCAAUUUUCUAAAGAAUCUUAUAAUAUUCCAUGUGAUUGAUGUAUUGACUUAUUAAAAUCUUUGCAAGACUUGCUAUCAAUUUGAAAUGAAUUUUUACUUGUAUCAUUUAGUAUUUCACUUAGUUUGAAAAAAUCAGCUCUUUCAAUAGUAACUAUAAAAUAAUAUCGAAUUUAUAUUCUCUGAGAAGUUGUGAAGGUGAUAUUAUGGGACUCCAUUUUGAAUAAAAAGACCAGAUAUUGUUAAGCCAGAAAUUUAUUUUGAAAGAUCGAGAAACUGGUUUUGGUUUUUACAGUCUCUGGUAAUUAGGUUAUUAUCAGUCUAUGGUUAACUCAAAUUUAUGGAAAAACUUCAAGAAUGAUAUAUAUUUUUUUUAAAUCUGUUAAAUCAUAAUUCAAAUUCAAAGUAGUUUAGUGGAUUUCAAAAUGUCCAAAUCUGGAAUACAGAACAGUGUUAACUGUGGAGAAAUAUAUGACUUUAUACUAUUUAACUUGUUGAUUUCAAUGUGUAAGAUAAAACUAAAUGUGAUUUCCAAAAUUAUGUGUAAAUAAUAAAUACUCUAUCAUUUUCUAUGCUUUGCACAAUGGAUAAUUCUGUUGUAUUAUACAGUUAGUAGAUUUAACUGAAAUAGACUGAGCAUAAGGUGUUCUUUAAGUCGUAAUAUUAAACAAUGUUGUUUUGAUAAA